ACUUGUGAAGGAAGCCAGACAUGUGAGUGGCAGAAGAAGAAGGCAAAAAGAGAGAAAAACAACAAAAGCCUCUUCUUCUCUUCUCUCUCAAUCUCAAAACUUAAAAAGUUCCCUUAUGUGAUAAUUUGGUUUUUGGCUUUGCAUAUACAUCACAUAUAGCCACCAUACACAAAAACAGAGUCCAAAAACACACCAUUAUUAUAUUUUUGUUAUAUAUUAUGCUUAAGUAGUAGUAUAUACUUUUAUUAUCUAAGUAUAAAGAUUUAUGUUUUUCCAAAAUAUUUCAAGAGCAAGAAAUCUCUUCCCUCCAUUGAGAGAGUUCCUUUUAUACAAGAAAUAGAACAAUUAGUACUACAAAGAAUAUAGCCUCAUUUCAAUUGUUUUUUUUUUUUUUUUUGUUAUACUUACAAAGAUGCUUUCUGUCAUUUGCAUUCUGUUGGUCUCAUUUUUCCCAUUAAUUAUAGUUUCUCUAAAUCUUACCCUUCCUCAUCAACAUCCUUACCCUGAAGCUGUGGUUCAAGAUGUACAAAGGAAGGUGAACGAAUCAUUUUCCAGAAGACAGCUGUUAGACGCCACAAUAAACACCCAAUGUCAAACAGGCAACCCAAUAGACGAUUGCUGGCGCUGCGACCCAAACUGGUCCAAAAACCGCCAGCGCCUAGCCGACUGCGCCAUAGGCUUUGGCCAGGGGGCAAUGGGAGGCAAAAAUGGGAAAUACUACGUCGUAUCUGAUUCCUCAGAUACAGACGUAGUAAAUCCAAAACCAGGAACUCUACGCCACGCCGUAAUCCAGGAUGAACCACUUUGGAUCAUUUUCUCAGGAGACAUGUACAUAAUUUUGAAGCAUGAACUCAUAGUCAACAGUUACAAAACAAUUGAUGGACGUGGAGCAAAAGUGCAUAUAACAGGCAAUGGAUGUAUAACAUUGCAGUAUAUCAGCAAUGUGAUUAUACAUAAUAUACAUAUAUACAAUUGUCGUCCAUCGGGGAAUACGGAUAUAAGGUCUACACCAACGCACGUUGGACAUAGAGGAAGAUCGGAUGGCGAUGGUAUAUCGAUAUUUAAUUCAAGGAAUAUAUGGAUUGAUCAUUGUGCAUUAUCACAUUGUACUGAUGGUUUAAUUGAUGCUAUUAUGGGCUCAACUGGAAUUACCAUUUCGAAUAGUUAUUUUACUCACCAUGAUGAAGUUAUCCUAUUAGGACAUGAUGAUGGAUACUUGCCUGACUCUGGAAUGCAGGUGACAAUAGCAUUCAAUCAUUUUGGAGUAGGGCUAGUACAAAGAAUGCCAAGGUGUAGAAGAGGAUAUAUACAUGUAGUGAACAAUGAUUUUACAGAAUGGCAAAUGUAUGCGAUUGGUGGAAGUGCUAAUCCUACUAUUAAUAGUCAAGGCAAUCGCUAUACUGCCCCUGUGGAUGCAAAUGCUAAAGAGGUGACAAAGCGCGUGGAUACAGACGAGGGGGAGUGGAGUGACUGGAACUGGAGAACCGAAGGGGAUGUAAUGGUAAAUGGCGCAUUUUUCGUGCCAUCUGGUGAAGGAAUGAGCAACCAAUAUGCCAAGGCGUCGAGCAUGGAGCCACAAUCCGGUGCUAUUAUCGAUCAACUCACUCUCAAUGCUGGUGUUUUUGGUGCCCCAAGGGAUAAUAGUAUUAGCAUAUCAUAUGGAGGUGGGACCACCACCGGAGCAACCGGGAGUGGCGGUGGUGGGCCCACCACCAACGGCGAAAACGACUUCUUUGGAAUGAUGUUUGGGAGCGCCACACCACAAAAUUUAUCAACAACUACUACUAUACUAAUGUCACUUUUAAUUAUUUUAGUUUUGUAUAUUACCAACAACUAUGGUGGCCAAUUAUCAUUACAAUUAUUGUUAUUAUUAUUACUAUAGCAUUUGAUUAGGAGAGAAGAAUAUUGUUAUAUUUAUUCAAGAAAAAGAAUCAAAAGUUAUAAGGAAAGGAAAUUGGAAUUUGACGAAGAUGAA